GUUAGCGCUUGUUUACACCAGUUUGUGCACGUGCAAGGACUGAAACGACAGGUUUAGUAUUUCUAAAAUCAAUAAUUAUUAUACAACUAAUAGUUAAUGAUGAAGAGUUUCGAAGAGAUGCUAAAGACGCACGGAGGCCGGGACGUACUUAUUCGGACUUUGGGUUACGCUUGUCUCCUGAGCAGUGGUCUUACAAAAGGAAGUUUGUCGCGAAAGUUCAGAAUCGCAAGCUCGGAGUUCAGCCACUGUCGUGUUGUGUGUAGACUUCUUGACGACUGGCCAAUGUUGCAGUACAGUUUAUCUUAUGGUACUGGAAAACAUGAGAACGACUCCACGCUGCAGAUGUUGGGUGUGCUGAAGAACAUUGCUGACCAAGUGUUUUAUCCCAUCGAACACAUCUCGUGGUUGUGCAACAAAGAAAUAAUUUCCCUCGACGGCAGCCGCUGGGAGACCGCAGGCACAGUGCUGUGGGCCAUCUCCCUUUACUGUGGUAUUGCAAGAUCCCUUCGGACCAUUAAUCUUCUUCAACGAAAGCGAGAAAAAUUGUCGAGUGUAAAAGGUGACAGUACAAGAGUUGAAUGCGACCUUAUCGCUAAGGAGCAGCUGGGUCACAUGUUGGGUGUUCUGCGGAAUGUCGCUGAUCUCGUCAAUGCCAUCAGCUGGCUGCCAUGGCAGUUCCUCUGGGCGGGCAAGCUUAAGCCGUGGCACAAUGGGCUGCUAGGACUACUCUCGUCUCUCGUUUCCCUGACCUCGCAGUGGCUGCUCUGACGUGCUACUGCUGCAAGGUUGUUGCGAUGCGAAUGAACAAGGUUGUUGAGACCACGAUGGGGCAUUCGAAACGGAAGUAUUUUUGGGGGGUCGCGCAUGUUUGCAACACCACAGAGGAGAUUAUAGCAGCACCCAGGAAGUCUUCGUUGAAAAGAGUUGUCAAGGCAGUGCUCAUCUGAAAGCAGCUUUGUGUGCUCAUGUAGCCAGCUGUGCUUACAUGAAAACCAUUCUGCAUUGCCCCGCCUCAUUUGGCACUCUUUGAAGCCGAAACUGAGACUGGGUGCUAUAAAACCACCUACAAAUAAUUAGCCGUUGCACACUCGAGCAAUCGAGGUUUCCAGCCCUUGAUAAGCGGGUCGUUAGCUACUUAUUGCAACAUAAAAAACAGUGUGCAAAAUUUUUGUGUCGGUGCUCCUUUAAGCAGACCACAGUGACUCGAGACCAUUUCGUGAAUCAGAAACACUGGGACCAUGCCACGUAUGUUGCUAGUGCAAAAAAGUGUGUGCAUGCUAGUGCAUUUCUUGGUGUUCACCGUCUUGCAAGUGAGCAUUUGUAGUGCACCUGUGCAUACUGCUAGAGAGCGCACUGUGGACGUGUGCAGUACUGCUUUCCUCCUUCUUUCAAUUCCUCCUUACCCUCAGUGCUGGGUACCAAACUAAAUUCUUGUCUGGUUGAUCACCUUGCCUUUCCUAAUCCUGGUCUCUCUCUUUCUAUUGAUAAAUGCAGUUAUACUGAAGAAGUACAGUACUACGUGCAGCUAGUUUCACUGGCCACAAACACUUCACAAAGGAGUCAGCUGUUCUCUAAAUAGCGACUUAAGGGCACUGGUAGCAUUUCAUUUGACUAGCUUGUAUGUGAAUAAAAUAACAACCAAGCACAAAACUAAUCUUAGAAAUCAGCUGAAGAAAAAAGUGCCUACUUCAUCAAAAAUGGAAACACAAAGGGCUUAAUCAAAGUUAUGUAACUAUUAACUCACUUUACUGGACAAAUUCAUUAUGUGGUAUUUGAGCUGUGACGAUCGUUUUUUGUAAUGUUGAAGCUUUUGCAUAGCAGCUUUUACUUACAACAUAAUAUCCAUUGGUAAUGUUUGUUUGCACUUCUAUAACAUGCAGAAUCUGUUUUGAUGAAGCUGAGUGUGAAGCUUUUUUACCCGGAACACCCACAAAACUCAAUAUAAGGGAGUGAAUAUAUAUAUGUUUUAUCACAUAUUUAUAGACAUGUAACAAAUAUAUGCUUCCAGUUAAUACCGAAUAUGAAGAAGUGCUAUUUUUUUAAUGUGUCGGGUGUCACUUUGCUGUAACAGUGUUUGGCUAUACAAUGUAGAAAACCUUGCAUGAUUGUAAAAAUUUAAGAUGGCGCAGAGAAAUGUGAUCGCUCUGAGUACAUCGCCUGCUCCCGAGAAUGUGUAGGCUUUUGCUUUGUACCACCUAGUGUACAGCAUUUGGAAACUAUAUGCUGAAUGGGGACUUUGGGAAACCACUUGUGCAGUGCAGUUGAUAUGUUUACGCCAAAAGUAUGUGGUAGUUCAAAAAUAAUCCUAAGGUCAUUUCAGUAAGUCUGCAAGAUUGGCGUUUAGUAAUAUUUCAGAGCCUUCUAGGGAGAAAGUCUGGUACAGUUCAUGACUUUCAUGACUCCUAAUUUACUGAUGACUUCAAUAUGCCAAACCACAGCCUCACAGAUGACACUGCAUUUUUGCCAUGUUGUUGUACUAUGUUCAUAUGAAAUGUGUAUAUUUUGUUGAUUUUUGUUAAAGGUGCAAUAAAAGAAGAUUAUUUAUCCA